AUGGCAGAACGAACUGGUGAAGUCCGCGCCGGCUUUGUUGUCUCCGUGGAACAGGAGGCAAAGAAGGAUGGUCAUCCUACUGUCUUUAACGCCAAGCAAAUCCCAACUGUCAAUUCACUGCCUAUAGCUCCUCCUGCUGAGGCCCAAGCUGCCCCUGAGAUUGAUUUCUCCUUUGGGCCGGCCAAGGAAUGUAUCCGGCUUGAGGUAUUUGGUGCACAUAUCCUCAACCUUUUCGGCAACUUGAACGACGGUGUUGUCGGAAGGAUCGAUCUCUUCCUCGCGAAAGGAGAGAUCCGACUCUAUUUGAAAAAUGGAAAGGAGGUAUGGUUUCACUAUGAUGUUAGUGUGCAAUUUGAUGGUCAUUUUCAAGAUGACAUCAAACUCCUGACCAUCUAA